AUGGAUGUGUACAAUGCAUUUUCACAAGGUGACUUAGUUGAAGAAGUCUAUAUGGAACUUCUUGAUGGAUUUUGCAGCCAGGGGGAGUCUAAGAGACUGAUAGGCAGAUUGAUAUAUCUUACCCAUACAAGGCCGGAUAUUGCUUAUGCAGUACAUUUCCUAAGUCAGUUUAUGCACCAACCAAAGCAAUCUCAUCUUGAAGCUGCAUUAAGGGUGGUAAGAUAUAUUAAGAAAAAUCCUGGUAAGGGGAUUUUAUUAAAUGCAGCAAGUGAAUACAAACUGUUUACUUAUUGUGAUUUUGAUUGGCCAUCUUGCCGAAUGACUAGAAAAUCUAUAACAAGUUUUUGCAUAAAACUUGGAAUGUCCUUGUUCUCUUGGAAGUCUAAGAAUAAAAAUACCAUUGCACGAUCUUCUGCUGAAGCUGAGUAUAGAAGCAUGGCAGGGGCAGCUGCUGAAAUAAUAUGGCUGAGAGGUUUGCUAACAUAA